AUGGACCAUAGAUAUGAGUCUUCUGAGACUCUAAGGAAUAAGUGUGCAGCAUGCUAUAGGCAGUUCAACAAAAUGGAGCAUCUAGUUGAACACAUGAGGACAUCUUAUCAUUCAGUUCAUGAACCCAUAUGUUGGAUUUGCAAAAAACACUGUCGAUCUUUUGAAUCUUUGAGAGAGCAUCUCAUUGGGCCAUUGCCAAAGGCUGAUUGUGAGAAGAUUUUCAAGGAGCGAGGAUGUGACAUUUGCUUGACAUUUCUUGCUAGUCGGAAUGCACUAAGGGCACACAAGGAAUCAUGUCAACUCUCACGCUCGAAUAAUGGUUUGCUCAAUCGCAUGGCUAGGUUGGGGUUUCAAGAUAAACUAAAAAUUGAGAAUAGUCUAGGAAGAGUUGUUGCUCUUUCUUGCAAAAUAGUAGGCGGUGGCACCGAUGCCUCUCUUGAUCUUUGUGCAAGAGUUUGCCUCAUUGAUGAACAUGAAAGAAUCCUCUUUGAGUCCUAUGUCGCACCAAAUAUUCCAAUCACUAACUACAGGGAUGAAACAUCGGGAAUAAGGCCAGAAUAUAUGAGGGAUGCAAUGCCACUGAAGCAAGUAUCAAGAAAGAUUCAAGAUUAUCUUUGUAAUGGGGAACCUAUUUGGCAAAUUCGUUCUAAAAGUGGAAGGGCUAGGAUCCUUGUUGGUCACAAUUUGGAUCAUGAUUUUAAAUGCUUAGAACUCGAGUACCCAACAAUGAUGAUAAGGGAUACGGCAAAAUACCCUCCAUUGAUGAAAACAAGCAAGCUCAGCAACUCACACAAGUACUUGACCAAAACUUAUCUUGGAUAUGAGAUUCAGACAGGAGUGCCAGAUCCGUAUGAUGAGUGUGUAGCAAUAAUGAGGUUGUACAUGAGAGUGAAAUCACAAGUUCAUAAAAGGGAGGAGUAUCCACUUGCCAUUGACCCACAAAAUCGUAAUAAUUUUGCGUCGUGGAGGCAAAGUGAGCUUGAAAGGAUGACACCUCCACAAUUACUGGAAAUCUCACGAUCUGAUUAUUAUUGCUGGUGUUUGGAUUCCUAA